AUGGACAAAGAUCACAUUGCUAAAAUACUAGAUGGAUGUGAUUUCUAUACAAUUGUUGGCAUUCAAAAUCUCAUCGAUAGAUGUUUGGUGACGAUAAUUGACGGAUGGGACAAGGUGCAGAUGCAUGACCUGAUUCGUGGAAUGGGAAGAGAAAUUGUUCGCCUAGAAUCAAAGGAGCCUUGGAAGCGUAGUAGAGUAUGGCAUCAUAAGGACUCUUUCAAAAUCUUGACGGAAAAGAAUGGUACGAAAACAAUUGAAGGUCUUGUCCUCGACAUGCACAUGUGCCCCACUAUAAACUCAAAUGAGAAAGUCUUGGAAACCAAUGCAUUUUCAAGGAUGCAGGAACUAAAACUACUCCAUCUUAGUCAUGUAAAACUCCACGGAUGUUACGCAAAAUUUUGUAGUGGACUAAGAUGGUUGUGUUGGCUUGAAUUUCCUCUGGAUUCUAUACCCGUUGAUUUUCCUUUGGGAAGCAUUAUUGUUCUUGAAAUGCAAUACAGCGGUCUAAGACAAGUAUUCAAGGGAACAAAAUAUCUUCUGUCCUUGAAGAUCCUUGAUCUCAGCCAUUCCCAUUCCCUUACAGAAACCAUUGACUUCUCAUAUUGCCCAAAUCUAGAGAAAUUGGUUCUAGUAGACUGCACGAGGCUGAUUUAUGUCCAUGGAUCCAUUGGAAACCUAGAGAGACUUAUUUACUUGAAUAUGAAAGAUUGCAAAAAGAUUAGGAUGCUUCCCAAGAACAUUUGUAUGCUAAAAUCACUUGAAACAUUUAUUAUAUAUGGUUGCUCAAAUCUAAAGGAGUUAUCAAUUGAGAUGUUGAGGAACAUGGACUCGUUAAAAGUGCUUGAGACAGAUGGAAUUCCGAUAAGUGAAUUAUGGCUAGAAAGAAGUUCGAGUAUCUUGGGUUCUUUACCAUGCUCUUUAGUAGAAUUAAGUCUUUGGGGUUGCAAUCUUUCAGAUGAUGCAUUUCCUAUGGAUUUUAGUAAUAUGUCGUCAUUGCAAAGACUAAAUCUAGGGAAUAAUCCAAUUUGUGGCCUACCAAAUUGUAUCAAAGGAUUAGCGAGGCUUGAUAAACUCUCUUUUUCCAUGUGUACGAGUCUCAAAUCGCUUCUGGGGUUACCAAGACUAAACAACUUGGAUAUUGUAGAUUGCAUUUCAUUGGAGAAAAUAACAUAUCAAUCCUUUAGCUUAGAGUCAGCCACUUCAUUUAGUCGCAACAACCUAGUUGAGUGGCAGUACAAGUACGCCAUUGGAAGUGUAGAUGUAGAAAAUAUCAACCUCUUGGGAUUGUGCAACUUGUUGGAAUCAAUGGCACCCAUUUUACAAAAGGAUGAUCCAAUUCCCGUCCAGGGACUGUACGAAUGUGGUAUAAUCAGCACAUUUUUUGCUGGGAAUGAGGUUCCAGGCCAAUUCAGCCACAAAAGAAGAGGGUCCUCAAUAUCUUUUACUGUGCCAUUACUUGAUAAUCACAGAACUCGAGGCUUGAUUGUCUUUGUUAUCUAUGUGAAUGCUGGCUAUGAUUCUCCUAUUGUCCACCACACUUAUAUAUCACAUAUAAGAGUCAAAAAUAAGAGCAAGGGUCUGUGGGGGGCGUAUUUCCCAUCACACUACAGUAUUCCAGGUGAAGGAGAAGACAUGAUAUGGUUAAGCCACUGGAAUUUGUAUGAUCAGUUAGAAGGUGGCGAAGAAGUGGUUGUUUCUGUAAUUAUGAAAUCUGGGCUUCUGGUAAAGGAGUUGGGCAUCCGACUUGUGCAG